GGGGUGCGCUAAGUUCCAUGAAGCAGUUAGAUUAAAAGUUCUGUCCAGAAGCCCUAUAAAAGCCAUGGGAGUUGAAUAACCGUCUCUAGAUAGUCUAUGUGCAAUUACAAGCAGUGUAGUCAACUGAAUAGCAAUUCCAUUUAACACUGCCCUUAGAGAACCAGAAAUCCCGUCCAGCUAGGACGCUCUGGCAGAAUGCUUCUCAACCAUCCGAUUUAUUACCUGGCCCUCCUUGCCCUGGCGAUCACCGUCCUUGCGGCGCCACAAGCACCUCAAUGCGAUCCAAACAAAAUCAAUUCUCUAGAGCUCCGAGAGGCGUCGACUACCGAAGAUACUACCUACGUCGAAGCGCGAGAUGCAGAUGAGGACUUUACCAUUACAACUGUGUCCUUGGAUGAUGACGAGAACAGUGAUGUUCAAGACAAGACCGAUGCGGAUGUGCUCAAUCCCCUGGCUGUGCAGCACUGCUCAAACUGUGCCAAGAUCAAGAAGAAGAAGCCAAAGUAUGGCGGAAAGUGUGAUCCCGCGAACAGCUUGGGGUGGAAGUCCUCCCACAACUGUAAGGGGAAAAGUUACCUCUGUGUUCAGAGUGGAAAGGCGACUUGCUAUGGCCGACCGCUGGAUAAGCUGAGAAUGGAGAACGGCGAAUGUUUCAAAUAAGAGGGGCACAUGGAUUGGCCUCAACGCCCGGAAUGGAUGGUCUAAGGUAUUCAACAUAUGCUUAUUAAGUGUGGGACUGUGGUGUGAACAUUGUUUAUAGUUCUUUACUGCUAGUUGUCUUAAAUACGAGAAAAUAUAUGUAGGAUUUAUG